CUGCCCACCUACUAUGAGGAGCAGCUCCUCCCACCUGCCCAUAAAAGCCAAGUGCAUGUUACCAGAAGCGGAUCAGAGCGCUCUCCCGGUCCUCGCCUGUGGGAGCCCCCGAGCUUCUCUCCUGGAUCUUACGUGCUCAAGAAGCUGUUCUGGAAAGGGAGCAGCGUCUGGUGAAGAGACAGAAACCGGCCCCAGGCGUGCCACCGGAAGGCACAAGCAAGGACACCGGUCCUCGAGUCGGCAGGCGGGCCAAGUCUAAAUGUGAUGGCUGUGCCGCCGGCGCCUCUGCAGCUGCUGGGGGUGCUGCUCAUCGUUUCCCUGGGCUCCGUCAGGCUCACCCAAGCUGGUGCCUACUAUGGAAUCAAGCCGCUGCCACCUCAAAUCCCUCCUCAGAUCCCACCGCAAAUUCCACAGUACCAGCCCCUGGGCCAGCAAGUACCUCAUAUGCCCCUGGGCAAAGAUGGCCUUAACGUGGGCAAGGAGCUGCCCCACAUGCAGUACGGCAAGGAGUAUCCACAUCUACCCCAAUAUAUGAAGGAAAUUCAGCCGGCGCCAAGAAUGGGCAAGGAAGCAGCACCUAAGAAAGGCAAAGUAGAAAUACCAUUAGCCAGUUUACGAGGGGAGCAAGGUCCCCGUGGAGAGCCUGGCCCAAGAGGACCACCUGGGCCCCCUGGUUUACCAGGUCAUGGGAUACCUGGAAUCAAAGGAAAACCAGGGCCACAGGGAUAUCCAGGAAUUGGAAAGCCAGGUAUGCCUGGAAUGCCAGGAAAGCCAGGAGCCAUGGGAAUGCCUGGGGCAAAAGGCGAAAUUGGACCCAAAGGGGAGAUUGGGCCUAUGGGGAUCCCAGGACCGCAAGGACCUCCGGGGCCUCACGGACUUCCUGGUAUUGGGAAGCCAGGUGGGCCAGGGUUACCAGGACAACCAGGUGCCAAGGGUGAGCGAGGACCCAAAGGACCACCAGGACCUCCAGGCCUUCAGGGUCCUAAAGGAGAGAAGGGCUUCGGGAUGCCAGGUUUGCCAGGCCUGAAGGGUCCUCCAGGGAUGCACGGCCCUCCUGGCCCUGUCGGACUUCCAGGAGUGGGCAAACCAGGAGUGACAGGCUUCCCUGGGCCCCAGGGCCCCCUGGGAAAGCCAGGCCCUCCAGGCGAACCUGGGCCACAAGGCCCUAUUGGGGUCCCAGGAGUUCAAGGACCUCCUGGGAUGCCCGGAGUUGGAAAACCAGGCCAGGACGGGAUCCCAGGCCAGCCAGGAUUUCCAGGUGGCAAAGGGGAGCAAGGACUGCCAGGGCUGCCAGGACCCCCAGGCCUUCCAGGGAUCGGGAAACCAGGCUUCCCAGGACCCAAAGGUGACAGGGGUGUAGGGGGUGUUCCUGGGGCUCUGGGGCCAAGAGGAGAGAAAGGACCAGUAGGUGCCCCCGGAAUGGGGGGUCCUCCAGGAGAGCCAGGCCUGCCUGGAAUCCCAGGUCCCAUGGGCCCUCCAGGUGCAAUUGGUUUUCCAGGACCCAAAGGAGAAGGUGGGAUUGUGGGGCCACAGGGACCACCAGGUCCCAAGGGUGAGCCAGGGCUUCAAGGCUUCCCAGGAAAGCCAGGUUUCCUUGGUGAAGUGGGGCCCCCGGGCAUGAGGGGUUUGCCAGGUCCCAUAGGGCCCAAGGGGGAAGCUGGGCACAAAGGUUUGCCAGGGCUCCCCGGUGCCCCAGGGCUGCUUGGACCGAAGGGAGAACCAGGAAUCCCGGGGGAUCAGGGUUUGCAGGGCCCUCCAGGCAUCCCAGGGAUUGCAGGACCGAGUGGUCCCAUUGGACCACCUGGAAUUCCAGGCCCCAAAGGGGAACCGGGCCUCCCAGGCCCUCCUGGGUUCCCUGGAGUAGGGAAGCCUGGAGUAGCAGGACUACAUGGCCCCCCAGGGAAGCCUGGUGCCCUUGGUCCCCAAGGCCAGCCUGGCCUUCCAGGGCCCCCAGGCCCUCCCGGCCCCCCAGGUCCCCCAGCUGUGAUGCCCCCAACACCACCACCCCAUGGAGAGUAUCUGCCUGAUAUGGGGCUGGGAAUUGAUGGAGUGAAACCCCCCCACGCCUAUGGUGCUAAGAAAGGCAAGAACGGAGGGCCAGCCUAUGAGAUGCCUGCAUUUACUGCUGAGCUGACUGCACCUUUCCCACCUGUGGGGGCCCCCGUGAAGUUUGACAAACUGCUCUAUAACGGCAGACAGAACUACAACCCACAGACGGGCAUCUUCACCUGCGAGGUCCCCGGGGUCUACUACUUUGCAUACCAUGUUCACUGCAAGGGGGGCAACGUGUGGGUUGCUCUGUUCAAGAACAACGAGCCCAUGAUGUACACGUACGAUGAGUACAAGAAGGGCUUUCUGGACCAGGCGUCCGGGAGUGCGGUGCUGCUGCUUCGGCCCGGAGACCGCGUGUUCCUCCAGAUGCCCUCUGAACAGGCUGCGGGACUGUAUGCUGGGCAGUACGUCCAUUCCUCUUUUUCAGGAUAUUUAUUGUAUCCCAUGUAAAAAAGAAAAAAGAGAGAGAUAUAAUAGAAGAAAAGAAAAUGAUGCACCAAAACAUCCAAAUGAAAAACGUAAUUGCUUCAAAACAUUUAUAUAGUUGGAAAGUUAUAUUUAAGUGAAAAUUUGAACCAUCAUGUACAAAUAAAAACUAAGAUGCAUGUUUAGUGCUCUGCACAGCAGCUUGUCAUUGAAAAUGAUGGGAUAGAUUUUAUGUAUCAAGUACUGACACUUGUGUUGUACCCACUGGAAACAUAUUAGCUGUUGUAUGUUAUGUGCUUCCAUGAUAACCUGCUUAUUCAGAUCAAAGUAUUUCAGUAUGAAAGAUUAUAGCUAAUGAAAGUCACUCACUCAUAUUGUUUACUUCAAAAUAUUUAUAAAUAUGGCUUAAAGAAAUGUCAAUAAUAACAAUUACAUACCGUAUUUACUUGCAUAAUUUCCUCUGUAUUUGUCCAGAUAUUUUGUCACAGAAUGUGGGGAGGAGUUCUGCAGUGUUACCCACCCCCCCAGUAAGAGGGGGACCAGGAUCCAGGAACCAGGGUAGGGCUUUAGUCCAAGGCAAAUUUCUCCCCCGUCUGAGGCUGUGUCUUUUAGCAACGAGUCCUAUUCACAAUUGCGUGUCUGGUGUCCCUAGAAGAACAAGAGAACCAAUCAACUGUAGUGUAUUUACUAGUGCUUUCUCUCUGACUAGAACUGGAGAGACACUUCUGUGGGACCUAAGACAGUGCUCCUAAAGGAGCUAGCAAAUCAGCUGGGAGGCAUGAGCAAUAAUUAACUGAUUUAUUCCUCAAGGGUUCUUUUUGCUUGUUUUUUUUUCCUGUGAUUUUUAUUUUUUCUUCUUCCCUCCAUGUAAUUUCAAUUAUGGCCCAACUAAUAUAAACACCUGGAAGUCAUAAGAAAAAAAUUACCCUCUCCCCCUAUAACUUUCCAGUUUUGUGGAAUGUUCACUAUCAAUAGCAGUUAUUGUAUUUAUAUGCAUAUAAUGCUCCCCUUCCUUUGCCUACACACUCAAAUGAUGAUGAUGAGGUUUCAUCCAUGAAGGGGAUAUCAAUGCUUCUUAGUAGCCGUUGAACUUUGAAGAAAUUUCCCUGUAUAGUACCUAUGCCAAUCAGUGUGUUGUCUGAUGUUCCAAAGUGAACUUCCCAAAUCCAAGCCAUCCUUUAUUUGGGGAAGGGCAAGGGGGAGUUUCAGAAUUACAUAGAAAAAUAAUUUUAUUUUGAAAAAUAAUUUCUGAAGUUUUAAAUUAAAAAAUAGAUGUACUAUUUCCUGCUGUAGGUACUAAAAUUGCAGGAAAAGAAUUGUUUCUUUAGAAGUAACCUGUGGAAGAGCUAUCUGGAAUGUCAAAGGGCAAUGACGGCCCAUGCUUUUUAUGUCACCCUGUACUAAGUAUAGGAGACAAUACAAGUUUAAAGUGAAAAACAAAUAUUUUUCCAGGUUUUCACUUAAGUAUAUACUAACUGCUUCACACAUUCAAAUCUGGUCUCAGAAACGAAGCAUCUCAGGCUGGCUAAGAGUCUGCUGCUGACGCUGUAAGCCACUGAGGGGAAAUAAUGUGGGGCUUUGGUGGUGGAAUCUUGUAUCUCUUUCUAAAAAUUAAGAGUGAGGAAAUGAGGGGAUAGGUACAGAUGGGAAAAUACACAAAUAAAUACGGUAUAAACACACAUGGAAUUGUGUCUAUGUUAAAUCUGAAUCAUUUUUAAGCAACAAGAAAAUUCUCCUCAGCCUAAUAUCUCUUUUUCCCGUAUGGUAUACCAGCGCCAUUACGUCUCCACUUCUUAAACAGAGAAAUUAGUUUAUCACCACACAGUUUCUUCAUGGCUAACUCUAUGUCAAGCUUUUCCCAGUAAAAAGAUGUCCCACCAAACCUUCGUUUUCAAAGUAGACAGCAUGGAUGUAGUCAAAUAUCCUUUGGGUUGGUCUUAAGGAUGCUGGUUUAGGACUGAUGACUACGGGGUCACAUGGAUCCACUGGGCUCUGACUGCUGAAUAGCUGCAUUGAAAUGGCUUGGAAGCAAGUCAGAUCAGCUGAUUUGUAAAACUGUAUUUAUCUGUACAUGUAUGGGCUUUUUAUUUCCACCAAGAGAGAAAGUACCUCUUGAGUUAAAAACCAAACUUCACUUUCAAAUACCUUCCAACUUAUUUAUUAGUUGUUACUCAAUUGCCUUUGUGUGUGUGUGCGUGCGUGUAUUAUCAGGCAUAUGCUUCUAACUUUUAGAUAGGGGAGGAGCAAAAUAUAUGCCAGAUUCUGUGUAUUCUACAAUGGUGCUAAUCUCAGAGCUAAAUGAAUUACUCCAUUUAAUUUAAAAAAGAGUUUUAAAUAAUUAUGUAUCUGUGUUGCCCUUUUGAGUGUUGCACAUCAUGUUAACACAUUUAGUGUAAAAGCAGAUGAAACAAUCACAUGUUCUAAAGCCUAGGGAUACUGCUACAAUCCCUAUUUUAUUCAAAAUUAACUAGAACUUUUCCAUGUGAAACGGACCAAACUGGCAAUAUUGUUAUUUAAAUACAGAGUUUUAAUGCAGUAUGACAUCCCACAGGGGAAAAGAAUGUCCAUAGUGGGUGACUGUUCUCAAAUAUUUCACAGAAUACCAAGAACAGUGAACAGACUGGUAACUUUUUUGAGUUUCCAUGAUAGAUUUGAGACUUGUCAAUAGCAAAUCAUUUUUGUAUUUAAAUAUUUGUACUGAUUUGGGAAAAAAGUCUUAUUAAAUACCUUUAAAAGUA